AUGGCAACCAACGAAAACCUCCCACCAAAUGUCAUCAGGCAAUUGGCUAAAGAAUUGAAGAAUCUUGACCAGUCACCUCCAGAAGGGAUUAGAGUGAUUGUGAAUGACGAUGACUUCACAAGUAUUUGUGCAGAUAUAGAUGGCCCUGAUGAUGCAGGCGGGACUCCGUAUGAGAAUGGGGUUUUCCGGAUGAAGCUAGUCUUGUCCCGUGACUUCCCUCAAUCCCCACCAAAAGGAUUUUUUGUGACCAAAAUAUUCCAUCCAAACAUAUCGAGCAGUGGUGAGAUCUGCGUUAACACGUUGAAAAAGGAUUGGAAUCCUACUCAUGGAUUAAGGCAUGUUCUACUGGUGGUGAGAUGCCUACUGAUUGAACCAUUCCCAGAAUCUGCGCUCAAUGAGCAGGCUGGAAAGAUGUUACUUGAGAACUAUGCGGACUAUGCACGGCAUGCAAGGUUAUACACCAGCAUUCAUGCCCUUAAACCUAAGGCUAAGCCCAAGAGUGGCACUAUCUCCGAGUCGACUUCUGUAAACGUGGAUCAGUCAAGCACAACAAAUCUAUGCGAAACUGCACCAUCGGCGCCCAUGGCUUUAUGUGCUACUGCUGCUACCAAAGUGCCAGGCUCAAAUUCGCUGGAUCAGAAUGCUCCCGCUGAGCCCACUGUUGGACCAUCUACGACAUUGCCCAAGAAGGAAGGACCUGUUGCUACAAAAGCCCCAGCCGAUAAGAAGAAGAUUGACGCGAGGAAGAAGAGCUUGAAGAGAUUGUAA